GGGUACUACAAAGUAGGCUAACUACAAAGAUAUCAAUAUACUUUGCCGCUUGAUACACCGUUCUCAAUUUCGGAUUAAGCAGACUAUGUCGGCUAUCUGUACCCAGGAAGAGAAACGUGUAUACCGCUUAACAUCAAUGCUGAAUGAAGAGGGACGACUUGUUCUCAGAUUAUGUAUAUUUUUCCUGUUGCCACAGUUUGCUUGUAACCCUUUCGAGGAAUACCUGGGACAAACUCAAGUCAAGAAAAGGAUAGAAGAUGCGUUAUAUAAGAGUAAAAUAAUCACAGCGGACCAGUUCCACAUGUUGUACCCAAAAGUGGGCGUGCCUGAUUUCAAGUUAUUGGAUAUAACUUUACUCGUGUUUCUCAUACGACAGCUUCAUCCAUUUCUUAAGCCAAGUAAUCAAAUAUGGACAGAUCCGCCCGAUGGAAACACAAGCAUCGAAGCGGACAUUUCUCGCAUUAGGGAUUUAAGGAAUGCAUUAUACCAUACAGGGGUUGCAUGUUUAACUGAGGCGGAAUUUGAAAUUGAGUGCAAUCGACUGGAAACUACUUUAUGCCGGCUUAUUGGAAAUGUGGGUAAAGAUAAGAUAACGCCGGAUGAAAUAAAAGAAAGGUUGAAAAAGAAGAAAACUGGAUCUUUUGAGACAAAACCGGUUCAAAUUGAUAUAUCUACACAUGUAUCAGACAGUUUAGAACGAAGAAAUAAAUCAUUACAAAAUGUCGUAGCUGAAGACAAGACAACAAGUACCUCAUCUCUUCAAGAAUGCAAACCACAUCAAAUUCAAGAACAAUGUAGUGGACGUAGACUUUGUUCUGUUUCAAAAUGGUGUAUCUUUAAAUCAUGUUGCAAGGACUUUGAACCCAGAACAAUUCUUGCAAAUGACCAUUCUUCUUUGGAGUACCGUUGUUCUAUAACCAGUAUUGCUGUUCUUCAAAAUGGAACAUUACUAGCAACUGACACAGCACACAAUGUAGUAGAAGCAGUUACCUGCUCAGGACAUCCGUUUGAAGAAUUCAAGUGCCAAACCCCAAAUUCUGUAUGUGCAAUAAAUCAUGAUACCGCCGCAGUAUCAUUACGUAAAGAAAAGAAAAUUCUUAUUUUAAAUAUAGCGUGUCAGUCUAGGAGCAUGAUUUGCAAAGUGGAAUACGAUGUAAAGUGUACUUGUGACAUACUGAGUCUGAAGUAUAAUUCAGACUUCUUAUAUGUGUUGUGUGAAAAGGGUGAAGUACACACAAUAAAUAAUAGUACGGGCGCCGAACAAGCAUUAUAUCAAACAAACAUCCUAAUGCCGUCGUAUUUCGAUAUUACUUCUGAUGGAAAUCAAAUCUACAUUAGUAAAGGAUCAACAAUAUACUGUUUGGGGUUACCUGGAAAUUUUGUUAGGAAAUAUAUUGAUAAGACUGGGCGGGAAUUGAAAGGUAUUGUGGUCAGAAGAAAUAAGAUGUAUGCAUCCGUUUGGGAUGAAGGUAUUGUUUUAAAACUUAACAAAGAUUUAACACUAGUCAAGGAAAUAUUUAUUGACAAUCUACAUAACCCGAUGGCAUUAUGUAAAUUUAAAGGGCAUCUGUAUUUAUCAAAAUACAGGACAGACUUAUGCAGAUAUAUGUGCAGAGAAAUUGUUUUUGUUAAGAUAUGAUUAUAUUUAUUUAUCCAAACUACAUGUUUGUUUAGUGUUCUUCUUCAGACACUUUUUUCCUGAGAAUUACACGAUUGCAAAAAAGAGCAGACAACAAGUUUAUUCGUUUUGUCUUUGUAUCUGUUGCAAGUUCAUUUGACAUGGGUUUUACGUCGCGCCAACACAAUUAUAGAUCAUUUGGCAACUUACCAGCUUUGAUAUUGGAGGAUGACCCCUAUUGGUCUCCUCCGCGCAUUAUUUCCUCACGGGCGGGUAAAACCAUAACACACGUCUUAGAGCAAAAUAUUUUAAAUGAAUCAUAUAUAGAGUAAUA